AUGUGGGAAGUGAAUCAAAUGGAUAAAUGGUUAGCUGUAUUGCGUGUGAGGAAUCAACAGCGUGAAUUAAAUGACAUCAAGUUUGAUUACACACGAACUGCUGACACAGUGGAAGGCAUCGCACAUGAGUUAGUAACGGCUGAACUGAUAGACUGUCACGACUUGGUUAUCGUCGCUGCAAAUCUGCAAAAGCUUAUUGAUUUCGCCGAGCAGAAAAGUGAUAAACGAUCGGUGACGUUCGCACUCAACUCAGGUGUAGCUCCAAAUGAAAUUCCCGACGAGCGGACGUUGACUGGCUUCGCACAGAUAUCGUUGAUUGACUGA